AUGGCCAACCCUCUGCCCGAACCCAAGUCUGAGAAAUCGUAUGCAGUCUGUGCUCAGAAGAAAGCACAUGAGCUGUUUAAUACAGCAUUCUGUAUUGCACUGCUUGCAUUCUCUGCCAUUCCACUGGGUGCAUUUAUCUUUUUUGCCGUUGUGACUGGCCUGAUUAUCCUUGGAAUCGCCGGCACUGGAGUCGCGGUGGUGCAUGGCGGCCUUGUGGUUGUUGCUGGUCUGGCUCUCACAGCUUGUAUUUCUGUUGGAGUAUUCUUGGCUGCAGUGGUUACCUUUUGCUUCUCUACUGCUUAUUUUGGAUCCAAAUAUGUGACCAAAAUGACUACCAAGACCGAAUAG